AUGAGCCCCUCUUCGGAAAACAGUAAUAGCGGGGAGGAAGAUAUAGUUGAUGAACACGAUGUUCCUGCAAAUGGAUAUAAAGAUACGCCAAAGGAUAUGGGUGCAGGGGACGUAGAGCAUUUGGCUGGAGGUCGAAUUUCUGAGCUGCUACAGGAGGAGAGAGAUGAAGGCAUCUCUACGCCGCAGAAGCUAGGAAAUGGUACGAACCCGUACAAGAAAUUUCAAGAUACCGAGAAUAUGUCUGAGGAUGGAUCUGUGGGAGCACCUCCUAGGAGGAUUAAUAGUCCUAUAGACUCAAUCUUAUCCAUUCCAGACGAUUCUCCCUCCGUUCAGGGUUCCGUGCUGUCUUCUCCUGCUGGCAGUGGUAUAUUGCCAUCUGUUGCAUCUAGGCGUGGUCUUGAUAGCCCUACUCCAUCAUUUCGUCCAUUUGACCGGCGAUUCUCUUCGCGUCUUUCUAUAUCCUCCUUGAAUGUUCCUCGCUCCAGUUCGCCUGGUUUCAUGAGACCGCAUUCGCGGCAGAUAUCAAUGAAUAGCCAGAUGCUUCAAGAUGCAGGGGAGACAGACACACCCUCUCCUCCUUGGGAGGUUGUACGGUGGACGAAAUUGAAGAAACUUAGCGGACAAGCAUUUUCCGAAGUUGGCAGACGUAAUUUUGGUACAACAACAUGCAUAGCAGUUUCUGCAUCUAUAGUGCUAGGAACAUCAAAGGGAAUAAUUUUAAUUUUUGAUUACCAUCAAAACCUUAAAUCCAUAAUUGGGCCAGGCACUAAAGCUGUGGAAUCUGGUGCGGUAACAUCUAUUACCGUAUCUGCUGAUCAUCUUGUGGUUGCUGGUGGCCAUGCCAAUGGCAGUAUCUUCACGUGGGAAACGGCAAGAUCAGCCCGCCCGUUUCUUCAUAUUCCGUCCCUAGAACCUUCUCAAUUAGCGAAUCGCAGUGCCGAUGGCCAUGCUCCAGACAUUGCAGUCCGACAUUUGGGGUUUUUAGGCACUAGACAUACGGCCCUUGUGUCUGCAGAUGAUCGUGGAAUGGCUUUUUCGCAUCUUGCAACAAGAGGUAUGGGUGCGGUUGGACGUACUGUUCGGACAACUAGGAUACUCGGUAGAUAUCCUAACGAUGUUGGUCCUUCCGGAAAGCCGCGAAAGCCAAGCACUGUUUUAGCAUUUUCACCUCUCCCACUUGGAAAUGUAGAAAAGGGGACUGAUACCCUAGGUUUGACUGCCAUUUUGACUCCUUAUCUACUCGUGAUCGUAUCCACAACUCCAAUCGCUGAAACUCAGCACAAAGCUGCUCGACCGAAGGAGGUUGCUGCCCAUAGUACCAUGAGUGGAUGUCUUGCAUGGUUUCCUGCCGUUAAGCUGAAGGUUCCGGACCCUGAAGAUGGUAGCCAGAGCUCUAAAGUCAAGCUUGUUUAUUGUUGGUCCAAUAUUUUGACUGUAUUGGAUGUGGAGGAAACUCCAUCUGAUAACAAAGAUAAACCAUCGAGUCUAUCCUUCAAACCUCGUAAUCGUUGGAAGGCGGAAGAAGCUAUUGUUGCCGUUCAGUGGCUCAGUCGAUCCGUGCUUACGGUAUUGACAAUCACACAGCGCCUAAUAGUUUUGGAAGAUGUAAGUAUGCGGAUGACUGAAGCAUUCGAUUUAGUACAUAAGCAUAUCUUCCACCAAGAUUUGUUUUCCGAACAACUACAUACCUUGGUGGAGCAAUUAGACGAAGAAGACCCGUCCAUGCAUGGUGUUGUGGCAGAUGCAUUUUAUAUGAGCUUCAAAGCUUACAAAAGUCGGAUGUUCCUACUUGGCUUCAAUGAUGUAUCAAUAGGAACAUUAUCAAACUGGGCAGAUCGACUAAUCGCAUUGAUGGAAGAUGGUGACUACAUUGGAGCUAUUCAAUUGGCGACGUCUUAUUUCACAGGUGAUGCCGACAAGCUGACUAUUGGAUUACCCGAGGAUACUGCAUUACGGCAUUCUAUGGUGCAAGACAAACUGGUCGAGAUUAUGACUGCUUCUCUCAAGUUUGCUUUCGGUCAACGACAGAAAUACCCAGCUGCUACAGAUGAUCACCUCAAACGAUUGGCUGAAGCUUGCUUCGAAGCAUCUCUAAGCAUUGACGAUAUUGACUUCCUCUUCGACGAGGCUUUUGAAUGGUACGAGGACGGGGAGUCGGAGGGUAUUUUCCUCGAGGUUUUGGAACAAUAUAUAUUGGAUCAACGCAUUACCUCAAUACCACCUACUGUUGUCAAAUCUAUGGUUUCUUACUUCGUUAGUAAAGGUUUUGAAGGUCGUCUAGAAGAAAUGAUAUGUCACAUGGAGACGACAACAUUAGACAUCGACGAAGUCACUACGUUAUGCAAACAACACAAUCUUUACGAUGCCCUCAUAUACGUCUGGAAUCAAGCGCUGCACGAUUACAUAACUCCUCUCAUUGAUCUCCUCACAUUGUUGGUACCUUUUGUCCAAGACGGAGAAUCCUUUCCAGCUGGGAAUGUGGUGGAAGAUCCCAUUUUUGGCAUUAAUGCACUGAAGAUGUUCCCAUACAUGUCAUACACAUUUACGGGCCGAGUCUACCCUACCGGCGAUCAACUCGAGGAUCAAGAAGCUAUGAAUGCUAAAGCCGAACUUUAUUGGUUUCUCUUCUCUGGAAAGACAAUUUCUUGGCCCAGAGGAAACACUGAGCCAUUCUUAACAAAGCCCAAUAACGAAGUUGAACCUUCGUUUCCGUACUUAAGGAUGGUCCUUAAGUUUGAUGCGCCAAGUUUCCUCAGUGCUUUAAACGAAGCAUUCGAGGAUUCCUUUCUUAACGACACGCUAGAGCGAGCUGUGAAUGGUGGCUCAAGUCGUGAUAUGUUAGAGGAGCAUGUAUUUGGCCUUUCCGUCAACAGGCAGUACAUCGUCACGAUACUCCUAGAGGUUAUGAACGCCAAUGAGUUUUCACCAGAAGAUACUAUCUAUUUGGAUAUGUUUAUCGCUCGAAAUCUACCUAAAUUUCCUCAAUAUUUACUACUUUCUGGGACAGCUCUGCACAAAGUUUUGACGGGCUUGUGUAAUUAUCCUGGUGAAGAUCUUGCGGAUGAUGCUCAACUUAGUGCAGAAUACUUACUUUCAGUAUACUAUCCAACCGAUCUAGCAUCUUUGAUGCCUUUAUUUCAAAAGGCUGGUUUUUACCGAGUCCUCAAAAGUAUAUACAAAGCAGACAAGCAAUAUAGUCAACUGGUUCAGGCAUAUUUUGAGGAUCCCGAGGAUCGUGAAAACAUUUUUGAUUGCAUAUCUGACUGCUUGAGACCUCGGUCUGGAUUGACCAAACGCCAGAUUCGGGAGCUGCAUGAAGUUCUCGAGAAGCAUGCCAGUGAUCUGGUUGAGCUCGAUGCCGAGAAGGCUGCUCUAACGAUCCAGAAUUAUGCUCCCGCUCUCCACGAAAAGAUGUUGAGCUCACUUCCUGAACUCUCAGAGGCGCAGUAUGUCUAUUUGCACAGUAUUAUGGAAACGACAACCGGACAAGAAGAAACUUCUAAACGCCCACCCCCUCAAGAGUUCACCGAGCAAUACGUUCAACUUAUGUGCAGAUAUGACACUCAACAUGUAGUGCACUAUGUUGAAUUGGUGCAAGCAUCUGAUCUACGGCUUGAUUAUGUAUUGCCUUAUAUGGAAGAGAGUGGCGUCAUAGAUGCUGCCGUGGUAUUGAUGGCUCGUGAAGGUCGAAUAAGAGCUGGUAUGGACCGGCUAAUAGAACAUUUGAAGAUGUUAGAAGCUACUCUGGUAGGCAUACUAGGCGCUCCGGCCGAGGCUAUGCAAUCUAUGAAGGCAAGUGAAGCCGUGGAGGAUCUUCUCACUGCGCUUCAAAAAUAUAUCAAUGUGGGAAUUUGGUUAUGUCAACGCCAGACGUCACCACAAUCUAACUACCCAAACGCAACUACUAAUGGACGAAAGUCUUCCGGAAAACUCGAACUUCUUGCCGAAGAGGUACUUUGGUUAGAUCUUAUAGAUGUUGCGGUACAAAUGACCCGCAAAAUAUCUCCAGUUCUGGAAGACGCGAAAGUAUCGAAGCCCAAGGAACUAGAUGACGCGAAGCCAACUGCCCAGCUUCGGACUCUUGUUCAACGAACAUUUACAGCUCUGUUAACUUCGACGUCAACACCAACACCCUCGGGUGCAAACUUAUCUUUCCUGCGUAUUUUACGAGCAUUCUUGACGAAGGCAUCGAUCUCAUCACCGAAUCUUAGUGAUCUACGCGCCGUACUAGCCUCGGUAUUCUCUGCUUACGCAUAUGAGGAGAAUAUCUUAAGUUUGUCAAAUCGACUACUCGAUAAGGACCUUUUCGUCAAUGUCCAGUCUGCUACAAAUCUUCGUCAAAGAGGAUGGAGGCCACGCGGUUCCACUUGUGAGGGUUGUGGUCGGAGGGCAUGGGGACCCGGCGUUUCGGGUGAUGUAUUUUCUCAGUGGGAGGAGCGACAGGAACGUGAAGGGCAGAAAAGGAAAAAUCAACAAAUUCUUUUGAGUGGAGGUGCUCCAGAACGAGGAAAGGAGCUAGCUCUCGCUAGCAGUAAUAGUUUGCCAAAGUUCGACGGAGAGAGCAGUGGGAAUGGCAAAGGCAAAGGUAAAGCAAAGGGCAUGGACGAACAAUCGGCGGGAGAUUCUGGAGGUGGAAUGAAUGGUCAGCAGGGCGACGAUAAUAAUCAUGAAAACAAGAUUCGGCAAGAACCGGGGCCAUUGGUAGUGUUCGCUUGUAGACAUAUUUACCAUCGGUCAUGUUUGGAGACAAUGCGGAGGGGUGAAAAUGCGGCGAAGGAUGGGUUUCAUGAUGAUAGGGAAUUCAGGUGUCCUAUAGAUGGGUAG